UACCAUCUCUUAUGUGAGGGGUUUCCUGAUGGGGUGAAAGCAGGUAGAUGGAGAGAAGUGUGUGCCAACACUGGCAAACAUUCAGAUGCUGAGUUUGCUGCCUCUGUGAAACCGACAUACUGUGGAGUCACACAAUUGCGCCAGUAAUGGUACAGGCAAAGUUAUCAGGCAUUCUUAUCUUUGGUGACUAUUCCUGCUCUUGGAGUAUCAUAGAUGGUGUUGCCAUUGUUGCAGAAAUCUGCCUUUGGCUCGUUGCUGAAACAGUGUCUUCACUGACAUAAAGACACUGUAGCUGACCCCCGUGCCCGCUGGGCUUCACCUUGCUCACAUGAUGUGGAUUUGUCCUGUGAACUCUCAAGUGCUAAAGAGUCUAAAAAGAUGCACCUGUUGAAGCCUGCUUGUCGCCUCAGCUUGGACUCUGGCCUGGUUUCUGGUCCAUGACUUGCCUCUGUUGGAUCUUGGCAUUGGCUCUGCCCAGGACCUAGUAGUGACUGUUCCUUGAAAUGCCCUUCAGUUUUCCUGGAAGGGGACACUACAAAUAAUGGUCACGGGAACCUAACAGUUGCCAGAAGCCAGACUGACAAAGGAAAGCAAAAAGGACAAGCAACAGCGUGAUGCCUAAGGAACUGGCUGGUUGCUUUACCACCCCCGGCCUGUAACCUUUAGGUCUAAAUACAACGUGGAGAUUUCAUUGUACAGCAUUGUACUUCUCAUAUAACAGAAGAAUUGUAGGCACUUAUGAAAGUAUUUACUGAAGCAUGAUUGAGACGAGUGAAGUUAGAAAUACUGUUGUACUCAGUAAUGGGGCUAAAAGAUGAGUAAAAGUCACCUGCAUUCAAGAAGCACAAGAACAAGAUUCCUAAAUUUGACUGUUUGCUAAUCUGCUAAAACAGCAUGUUGGACUUUUCCUUCCACACUUCCUGUACCCUCCAAGGAGUCGGUCUUAAGAUGUGGUGUUUUUCUGUGAAAACUUAGACACAAGCGUCUUGGAAACCAAAGGACUCUAGGACUCUCUGCAGUAGAGCUGCUUUAGAAUCCAGAUUCUGCUCUAGCUCUCUGCCUUUGUGUUGCCUUCAAAUAUCCCACUUCAAGGAAUCGUGCCUAGUUCAGCAAUUCCACGUGUAAUCCAAAGAAGUCUGUUCAAGUGGGCAUCUAUCAACAGGUUACUUGAAUUUCAAAUAGACGAGCAGGAAUGCCACCACCAGCAGGUACCCCAACAUACCCACCUCCGGAUGGAGGCUGGGGAUGGGUAGUGGUUGGAGCAGCUUUUAUCUCCAUCGGAUUUUCAUACGCCUUCCCCAAAGCCAUCACAGUAUUCUUCAAGGAAAUUCAGCAAAUAUUCAACGCUAGCUACAGUGAAAUAGCAUGGAUAUCAUCUAUUAUGCUGGCUGUUAUGUACGCAGGAGGUCCCGUAAGCAGUGUUUUGGUGAAUAGGUACGGGAGCCGGCCGGUGGUGAUCACAGGAGGUCUGCUGUGCUGUUUGGGGAUGGUCUCCGCCUCUUUUAGCACCAACGUGGUAGAGCUCUACCUCACCGUGGGAUUCAUCGGAGGUAUAGGUCUAGCCUUCAACCUGCAGCCAGCUUUAACAAUCAUCGGCAAAUACUUCUAUAAGAAACGACCCAUGGCGAAUGGACUUGCCAUGGCAGGAAGUCCUGUUUUCUUAAGUACCUUGGCUCCUUUCAAUCAGUACCUUUUUAAUACUUUUGGCUGGAAAGGAAGCUUCUUGAUUUUGGGAGGUAUAUUGUUGAACUCCUGUGUGGCUGGGUCCCUCAUGAGACCCGUUGGACCCAAACAAACUAACAAGGCUAAAAAUAAGAUUGGCAUAAAAGCAGAUGAAGCAGAGGCUAAGAAAAGCCAUAAGAAGUCACUAAGCGAAAAAAUUAAUAAGUAUUUAGACUUCUCUCUUUUUAAGCAUAGAGGAUUUCUGAUAUAUUUAUCUGGAAAUGUCAUUAUGUUCCUAGGGUUUUUUGCUCCCAUUAUAUUCUUGGCUCCGUAUGCUAAAGACAAGGGGAUUGAUGAGUAUUCUGCAGCGUUCUUGCUGUCUAUUAUGGCUUUUGUUGAUAUGUUUGCUAGGCCUUCUGUAGGAUUAAUAGCAAACUCCAGAUUUAUCCGACCCCGAAUCCAGUACUUCUUCAGUUUUGCGAUCAUGUUCACUGGAGUAUGUCAUCUCUUGUGCCCACUGGCAGAGGACUACACAAGCCUGGUGUUAUACGCUAUAUUUUUUGGCCUUGGAUUUGGGAGUGUUAGCAGUGUCCUCUUUGAAACUCUCAUGGACCUUGUUGGUGCUCAAAGGUUUUCCAGUGCCGUGGGACUUGUCACAAUUGUGGAGUGUUGCCCGGUUCUUCUUGGCCCUCCUCUUGCCGGUAAAUUGGUGGAUGAAACUGGACAAUAUAAAUACAUGUACAUAGCCUGUGGCGCCAUUGUGUUCCUAUCCAGUGUGUGGCUGCUCAUUGGUAACGCUAUAAACUAUCGAUUGCUUGCAAAGGAAAAGAAGUUGGCAGAAGCAGAGAAGAAGAUACAUAAGCCUGAGUCCACAGAAUCUGAACCCUUGAGCAAACCUAACCAUUCCGAUGUUAAUGUCCAAAGCGCGAGAACAGAGGAUCAUCCCUCAGAAAGAGAAACGAAUAUUUAACAAGAACCGCAUCUCUGAUUUCAGUGUUUAUGACUCUCCUAGGAGUAUUUCUUUUUUUCAAAAUAUUGGAAAGGUUUUUUAAGUGAAAUUUGGAGUCAUAAUUAAGGAUGGAGAUGAGAUUUUCCUCAAUGGCAAAUUUCAAAUGUUUGUGUUUUUUAAAACUUAUUUGGGCAGUUAACUGUUGAGAUGAUGCAUGCAAAGCAUCCACGCAAUGGAUUUAUUUCCAUACAUGACUCUGGUUGUGGUGGUUAAAAUAAUUUUAAAGUCUUCCAGUGAUUUCCAGUCUUGGUUAUGGGGACUGAAUCCCAAAUGCCUGGUUUAAGUAGUUAGAAGGAGUGUGUUUAAUCGUGUAGGAAUAUCCUUUCCACAUUUCAUUUGAUAUUAAAGUAUGAAAUGGAAUUGAGGGAAAAUGAAUUUUCGCCUCAUGCACCCACCCACCCACAUGCACACAGUCUCACAAACUUACGCACAUGCACACAGAGUAUCUGGAGAACAAAAGUUCCAAAAAAUAUUAUCACCCUACUUUUUUUUUUUACUUAAAAAAACAUCCAUGGGGAAAAAAAGAAAUGUAUUAUAUCUGCCUUCUAUUUUACAGCGUGGAUUUUAAAGAUAAGAACAUGGGUGAAAAUGAGGGUGACCUUAAUUUGAAAAUGCAACUAACUGCUGUAAAAAAAAGUGUUUGCAUUUAUAAAAUAAAUUUUAAAAGAACACUCCAUUUUAUACCAUUAUUUGAUUUGAUUCAUCCGUGUACAUGAUUUCUUUGAGAGCGGCCAUCAGUACCUGGUGCUAGAGAAUAGAACUCUCAAAUAAUUUUCAAAAUUCUGACCUAAUAUGUAAAUCAAAUUAGAAGCCUAAACAACUGCUAGCAGUGGGCUAUGUCCAUAGAUUUUAAAAAGAUUUUAGUUAGUAAUCCAGAAAGUCAUAACCAAGGACUUCUUUUAACCAGAACUCAAUCCAGACUCACUGUCCUACCGAGACAUCAAAGUCGAGUCCAACGGAAUCCUGGUUGACAGGUGUAUAAAUUGGCCGCAUUCUGAUUUCUCCCAGCACACAGCCAUGAUUGCAGGGUUACUGCUAAGCGUAAUCCAUUUGAAUAAACUACAAAUGGGAGGUGCUUAUAAUGAGACCUCCAAACUCUCUCCUUCCCUCCCUUCCCCAAAAAGCAAAAGCAAAAAACAGAAACCCAAACAGGCUUUUUACUCAGCCGCUGGAAAUGACUCAUAUUAUAGGAAUGGCAGCCCUUGAAAAUUUCGCCCUGUACUGAUUAGACUUCCUACUGCCUGUGAACAAAACUAAACCAAGAGAGUGUUGAAGAGGCUUCUAGAAUUGGAGGCUGUGUGUGACUUGGUAUACCCUUGUGAAGUGCAUGUACAGUUUAUAACACGAUAGCAGGAAGCUGGCCAUACUGCAGCCCAGGUUAACUUAGCAGUUUCUCAUUUUCAUAACUGUGAAAAGAUCUGGGAAUCUGAAUCACUCGCGUACAGAGACAUAUGAUAGCUCUGUGCAAUCAGAACUAUAAAUACCUCUUCGAGUGAUAAAGUACUUUUAAACAAGAAAGAAGAUGUGCGUUAUGGUUAAAGUUAUAAAUAUUUACAUCUAUAGAUCUGAAGUUUAAAUUAAGUUCGUGAUUAACAGAAAGCAUUUUGUACUUGAUGAUUGACGUGAUGUCACUCUUAAACUGUCAAAAGGAAUUUGCCCUGCAUUUUUUUUUUUUAUUGCAGUAGAAGCAGAUGCUCUUCUUCUUUCCUGUAAGUUUGCACCUGGAUACCAAGCUUUUGUGACAGUUAACAUUGAGGAUUUGAUUUGUAAAAUGUGUGCAUUGUUUAAGCAUGUGGCUCAUAGUUAGUAAGCUAUAUAAAAUUCCAUAUUUCAUUUAACAUUCGCUUUUUGCAUAUGAAGAGGUAUUUAUAUUUUUCAAAUAUAAGUAAAACGAUAUGUGCCAAUACCAUUGGUAAAUAAAUCAGGGAAGAUGUGGCAGUAUGUGGCUGUUUUUAAUUUAGUUUCACCCAAUCUUGAGUCUUGACUGAGCUACUUUUAUAUUAUUAGCACUUUUGUAUUCAACUCUGACUCGCCAUAAGAAAUGCGACAUCAUAAAUUGUGUAGUAGCUCUCCAAUCCUAAACAUUUCCAAAAAAAGUGUCUUGAAUUCUCUAAAGAUAUAUAUUUAAGCUAAUAUAGAUAUCAGACCCCCGGGGGAAAUAAACAGCAAAGUAAGGAGGGAGGGGUUUUAGGCCUAAGGCUGUAUAGUCCCUUAAUCACCUGCUGGUGAGACAGGCUGGUGGUGCCUUCCAGGGGCUCUCUCCAUGAAAGGAGGUUUAUUGACUUACCGAUGAGUUUCUUGUUAAGUCAAAACCAAUUUCUAUUUGUUCUAUUGUACUUUGGUCACCUGCAUCAACUUUGCAUUUCUAAUCCUGAUUCUAUUAAAUUGUUAAAAAAGAGAGGGAAGUCGAAGUUUGCGUGUUUGAAGCACAUGGUCUGUAGACCCACGUGCCUGGCAGUCACUCUGCAUCAAGUUACAAACAGGCACGCAAAUUAAGUCCCAAACGUAAAGGUUGAAAAUUAAAUCGGUACUCACUUGGAACAGGGACGUAACUCACAUACAGGAUUCGGAUUUGUUCGAGGGUAAAAUUAAUUUUCCUUCUUGUUCACUUUCCCCCUCCCUUGAACUUGUUGGAAUAUUUGUUGCUUUAACAGAAUCUUUCAAAGAUUGAAAAGAGAGUAUCAGCCUAGAGCAUUCAUUAUUAAAUAGUCACGUAAAUGGAGGAAGAAACAUAGUUGGCUUCUGUGUCUGCAACAAUUCGUGCAAAAUAUACUUCUUCCCCUAAGGAAGGACAGGUUUUAGAUGUUCAAGGUAUCAUCAAGCAAAGUCAGUACACCAUUAACAUCGUUUUUAGUCCCAUUUAAUCCCAUUCUCCAUUAUGGAAUUGUGCAGAAGGAAGCUUAUUAUAAACCAGAAUACCAAAAUAAUUCUUGCUCACUGGCUAGUUCAAGUACUUUUCUGUUUGUGAUAACUGAGUAUCCCUUAUUUUUCACGCUUUAACCUUAAAUAUGCCUUCACUAAUUUAUGAAUAGAAUAUUCAGUAUAGACUUGUCCUGACCUGUUCCCACCGUCUUUCCUGAUCCUUUUUGGAUCCAAUCAGCACACAUUUAAGAGGCAGUGGGUCAGACUCUAGGCUAUUUUACGUUGGAAAACAUGAUGUUUUCUUGAUGUAAAUCUACAUGGUUCGUAAGUUUCACUUCUUUAGUACCAGGUUCCAACCACGUCAUCUCAUGCCCCCCAACCCCCACUGGAUGCUAGGAAAUAAGUAAAAUAAUUAGGUUUGAUAUAUUUGAAUGUGCACUUUAAAAUCUAGGUAUUUUUUACUCAUCCUUCUCUGGCUGCUUAUGACAAUUGAGGAUACAGAAAAACGACCACAAGCUGUGUGAUAUAAAUGUAAGUUUUUAUAUUGAUGUUAUCAAAUAUAGAAAUAUCCUUAAUCAGUUAGUUGAAACUUAUUUUCCAUCUAAAAAUAUCUUUUUUUAAACAAAAACACUCUCUUAUGUAUAAUGUUGCAGACUUUUAAUAAAACAAAAUAAAAAAUCACGAUCAUUAGGCUCAAUGUAAUAGGGAGAAAGGAUGGAAAGUGGGAAGGGAACUAAUAUUUAUUUGUCACACAUUUUGCCUGCAUAAUACCUUUUAAUAAUCAAACCAAAUCAUGAGUAGAGGCUAUUGGCCUGAUAUAAUAGAUGAGUGAAACAAACAAACAAAAAAACAGACAAAGAAGUUCAGGAAAUUACCCAAAGUUAAAAGGUAGUAUGUGACAGAACCAGAACUAAAACUCAGGUUUGUCUAAAAGCAGAGAGAGCCCCUUAGGUGUUGCAUGCUGUCCCCUAAUAGAAGCUGUAGAAGCAAAUGUAGAUAAAAUAUAGAUACAAAAAAUUUAAACCCUGUAUGGUAAACCAAUUAGCUUUAACUGUAAUUUGUAUUAUAAUUUAUUUAGUGUUUAUUAGGAAUUGCAUUUGCAAUAAUCUGAAUAUAUAAUUCUAAGUUGCCUGCCUUUCUAGCCAAUGCAAAUUAUCCCAAAUAAUGGUAAUGAUUAUAUAAUAGCUGUAAUUGUUUUAAUGUGACUUUUUUCAUAAAAAUAAUGACAUAUU